AUGGAUCCCAAACCGCAACCCAUCCUCUCACCAACAGAGAGCUCUACAGCUGCUUCCGCUUCAGUCGCGUUCACAUCUGGCACUUUUCAGCCAACGGCUCAGGCACAAGUGUCUCAGCCGUUGUCUUUGGUGCCCACUGAUCAGCAAGACACACUGCCUCCAACUUCGACAUCUACAGAAGCAGCAAACCAUAGUAUGCAAGCAUCAGUAUCAACGACAUCAGCCGCGGCGCCGCCAAGCGCCGUCCUCCACCGGUCCGACGCCACGCCCCCUCAAGCGACUCCUGAUCAGAACAAAACGACACUCCAGUACCUCACCACAUCACAACCGACUCAAAGCGAACAGACAUCUGCACCUAUGGAUGUGGCUGAUCAUUCUUCCACAACACCAGUCGCUUCGGCCGUGGAUGGUGCGUCCACAACUGCUCCAGGUCAACCCGAUCUCGUGGCUCCAGCGAAUGAAACCACCCAAGCUGCGCCCACUCUUACACAAGCGGUUGCUGCUGUAUCCCCAAAUACAUCUCAGUAUCCUGCACCUGCAACAAGACCCGCUAGCCCCGCAGCACCUUUGCCGACAUCAGAGCCAAAAGACCCUCCACCUGCACUAGAACCGAGCUCUGCGCCUGCACCGCCUGCUGCUGAUCCUUUGACCUCAGAAAGUGUCACAACAAAAACGGCAAAUAGCGUUAUCAGCGAUAACAAAACAUCCACCGAAACAGCAACCGCUCCAGCACCGGAGCCGACCAAGCCUUCGCAAACUCAAGAAAGCGCACAUGAGACAAGCGUCUCAAUUUCUCACCCCAGCGCGUCGGCGACACAACCCACAGCCACGACAGCAGCCACGGCAUCAAUCGAGUCUGCUAGUACGAACGCCAACGCUGCUACCGACUCAGCACCACAACUUCAACCACAAGCAACUGCUCCAGCACCAUCCGACGAGGCGGCUGCCAAGGAUCAUGGCAAGUCAGAUCAUGUCCUUUCACCGAAGCAAGAUCAGGUAGACCCGUCAAAAGCUACAGCCUCGGAUCAGCCCAAAGGUGUGGCCUCUGCAGCCAAAGAACAGGCGGCUCCAUCCCCACUUUCUGUCGAGAACGUCGAUGCAGCACCUGCUGUGAAAGCUGUUCCUCCAACCCAAGCUGCGACUGCCUCAGCUCCUGCUUCAGCUCCUGCUACACCAGAGAGAAGGUCGCCAGUCGUCGGUACCUCGGUAGGCGGUACCUCGGUAGGCCAGUCGGGUGAAUCGGUGCCGACAACUCCAGCUCGAGAAAGUAGAGUUGCUCUUAUUCUGCGCAUCAACAAAGAGCUCAUCCGACUCUGUGUAGAUUUGCAGUCCAAAGACCUCACCAUGGACCCUAUCUAUCGCGAAGCUGCCGUGCGAUUGCAAGCAAAUUUGGGCUAUCUUGCCAGUAUUGCUGACCAAGCCGGUAAGUCGGUCGACCCUAGUGGACGAGCGCCAACCAGUGGUGCCUUGCCGCGGCUCGAGCCGUUCCCACGCAGCGAGCAUGCGCCUUCAUCACCAAUUCCUGCACUCUUUGACAAGCUCAUCGCUCUGUUCAGCGCUGCUUGUCCAUCGAGCUCGCCUCUCCCAGAUGGCAGAAAGCGUUCGCGCGACUCGACGGCUGAUCUUGGCUCCGACGAUCCCAGGAAACGAGCUGUCGGCAAAGAUAUAGAUCCAUCUCAGGAUAAUUCAGCCGCGGCAACACCGUCGUAUGUUUCCAAUCAGCCGCUGCCCACAGACGCACCGACGACGACCGCCUCUGAGCCCGUCUCAUCGUCGACGUCUGCUGGUCAACAGAGUCAGCAACUAGCAGCAUCGGCAUCACAAGCAGCACAGCACCAACCGCAUCAGUCGAGCAAAGGUCCUGACUUGUCGUUAGCCCCGCCCGUGCCGAUUGCUCCGCCCGCUGCAGCGCAGAACAUUGCCAACAACCCGCAGGCUCAAGCGCUCAUACAGGCUUUUGGACCGAACGCGCUCGUCAACCUACAUGCUCUGCAAUCACAUAUUCGCGGACAGGGCACACAUCCAUGGGUCACCUUCAUGGAGGCUAACAUCAGCGGCUACAAAGCCAUGCCGUUGCAGGUGCAGCUUCAGCACAUGACUUCGUUGCAGAACGCCGCUCUGCAGAGGCAGAAGGCGAUGGGUAGUCAUGCCUCGACCGGCUCAACCUCGACGGUCGGCAGCCCAGCUACGAUGCCAAACGGAGCUCAAGCUGGCAUUUCGAGUCCGGCGACGACACAGCCGGUUAGCCGUCAUUCGGACAGCCCAAGCCAAGCGCUGGCCAGUCCGUCUGCCAGUGCAUAUGGAGCGGCGGUGCCCGGAAGAGCGGGCACACCUCUGGGUGGCGGACAGGGUGCAUUCCAAACUCGACCGGGAAGCUCAGGCUCGGUCGGCAGCAUGACGAGCGUCGGAGGACGCAACCGCACAGGAUCAUCCAACCUUGGCUUUGAUGCUUCUCAGAUGCAGUCUGCAUCGAGCCCAGCGACGUUAGGCUCGAUGGGCGAGUUUGCAGCUCAACAGCAAUUUGGAUUCCAACCGCCUGGUUUGCAGCAGGCAUCUCCUGCGGCUUCUGCGGCGUCGCCCACACCGCAGCAGCAACAGGGCGCAGCAAUCGGAAUGCCGAUGAGCGGCGUGCCUAACUUCCAGAAUCUGCCUCCGCAUCUGCAACACCAGAUCCGUCAACAGUAUAUGGCACACAUGCAAGCGCAGGCGCAGGCGCAAGGUGUCAAUUCCCACCAGAUCGGUUUCAACCCGCAACAACAGUAG